AGUGGGAGUAGGACAGCCUUGUGCUCUUGGGCUGCCACUGUAUAUUUUAGUGGGGUUUGCAUAGGAAAACCUUCAAGUGGAUUGCACACUAAGAUUUUCAUUUCCUAUUUGCAGAUGGAAAGUUUAGAAUGAACUCCAGCAUAGAGAACUCAACCAGCUGGUGGUAGAUGCAGAGAUAUUAGUUUUCUGGAGAAUUUUGAAUUGGGGAAAAAUCUGGAAAAUUCUCCCAUACAAAUUUCUCCUUCAUUUGCACAAGGUUUACAUUAGCUUUUCUCAAAAAAACCCCAACAACCCACUACCAUACAAAUUUUCCUGAUCAGAGGCGUUAAUCUCAAUUGGGUGGUGGGCCAGAUGGUGCGCUGCAUGGUGGGAGGGGGGAAGCAAGGAGCAGCUUGAGUUGGGAAGUUUUAGUUCACACACACACACACACACCCCGCCACAUGGCAUCGGCACAGCAGGAAAGCAGAGAGGAAGUCUUGGGGGCUCAGGGCAGAUGCUCUGCACAGUUGGGGGGAAAGGAAAGAGCUGCUUGAUGUGGGUGAAGGUUCAGUUCACCUUCCUACCGCCCCCACCACCCCCACCCGGACAUGCCAAUGACAUGGGAGAGGAAGAAGCAGAGCAGCACAGCAUGGCGGAGGGGGGGAGAUGAACUGAAAUUCUUACCCUCCAGCAGCUCCUUCCCCUCCCCCCCUCCGCAUGGAGCUCCUUCCUCCACCCCAAGCUUGACUGGUUGGGGGCUGGAGGAAGGAACUUCAUGGGCCGGAUCCCUAAAUAGAUUGUUAUCUGAUUUGGCAUGUUGUGCGACCUAUUUAUACACUUUUAAAAAACCCCAAACACCCCACCUCCACCAUAUUAAUUUAUCAUGCUGUAUCAAGAAUUUUUUCAAGUAGUGAAGUAUACAUUUUAGGAAUGGAAAACUUUCAACAGAAAAUCAAAGUAUGGGAAAAGUUUCUACCUACAUCUCUGAGUAGAUGAUACUAAAGAAUGUCUGCUAUGUUUUACUAUAAGUAGCUUGGAACUAUUCAUAUGGCUUCAGGAAAGUCCCAGUAUCAAGAUAACCACUCUUAUUAACCAUAAGGAUAAGCCAAAGCGGUCAGACAAGACUCUGAAAUCAAUCCAGCAAGUGGGCCAAGCUGUUAACCUGGCUGUUGGGAGAUUUGUUAUGGUUGGUGAAGCUAUAGCCAGUGAAAACCAGGAGCUGAAAGAGGAAAUGAAUGUUGCCUGUAUUGAGGCAAAGCAAGCAGGUGAGACAAUCGCACAGCUCACGGAUGUAGCUACUUUUGAUCACCCAGAAUCUGAUGGCCAGAUAACCAUUUUCACCGACAAAACUGGAGUGGUAAAGGCUGCAAGACUGCUGCUUUCCUCAGUGACGAAAGUAUUGGUGUUAGCUGACAGAAUAGUUAUUAAGCAAAUUAUAACUUCUAGAAACAAGGUCCUUGUAACCAUGGAGCAGCUAGAGAAAGUGAGUAGUUUUCAGGAAUUUGUGCAAAUAUUCAGUCAGUUUGGAAAUGAAAUGGUGGAAUUUGCCCAUCUAACUGGAGACCGUCAAAAUGAUCUGAAAGAUGAAAAGAAAAAGGCUAAGAUGGCAGCUGCUAGGGCUGUUCUUGAGAAAUGUACCAUGAUGCUUCUUACUGCUUCCAAGACCUGUCUAAGGCAUCCUGACUGUGAAUCUGCACGUAUAAACAAAGGAGCUGUGUUCCACAGAAUGAGAGUCUCUUUGGGGCAGGUAAUAGAGAUUGUAACAGACUCUCGGCCCAGUGGAGAGAAUGAACCAGGCCCGGUGAGCAUCUAUGCUGGUAUCAAGGAAUUCAAGAAUAAAGUGGAAGGUUUGCGAGAGAACCUUUAUCUUCUGUCAAAGGAGAAUCUUCGGGCAAUGCUGCGUGUUGUCCUUGAACACACAGAGGAUUUCACUGAUUCUGCUUAUACUAGCCAUGAAAAUAGAGAGCGCAUCUUGGAGUUGUCCAAGCAAGCAAAGAUGGAACUGGAGCAGCUGGUGUCAGCGUGGAUGUAUGCUCAAAGUCAGAAGAAAAAAGAUAUCACAGAGGACUUGGAAAUAGCCAUACUAAAAAUGUCUCAAUGCAUAAACGAGCUUCAGAGAGAACUCCACAGUGCAGCAACAUCUGUUGCAGCAGAACUGAUAAAAUAUCAUUCGGAUCACCUGGUUUUGAAAGCGCUGAAAAUCUGUGGAGCAGAAGGAAAUAUAGAAGCUGUGGCAGAACAUAGCUGCAAGCUCUCUGAGCAGAAAGAACAGUUGAUUGAAUUGUGCCAUUUACUGAGGCAUGUCUCUGGAACAGAGCCACUAGAAAUUACUUGUCUACAUGCUGAAAACACUUUUUAUGUUACUGGGCCUCAGAUAAUUUCUGCUGCAGAAACCCUGACAUUGCAUCCUUCUAGUAAGAUUGCAAAAGAAAAUUUGGAUGUGUUCUGUGAAGCUUGGGAAUCCCAGCUGAGUGACAUGUCCCUGCUCUUAAGAGAAAUCAGUGAUGUGUUUGAAGGAAGACGAGGAGAGAAGCGUGCAUACCUGUCACUGCCCAGACCAGGGAAGCAUAAUGCAAAUUUGAAAGCCUUAAAGCCAGUCAGACUUGAUAGUGAGGAACAAGCUAAACUUGGGAAACUAGGCUUAGAAUUACACAAGCUGACUUCACGUGUUGACUCAGAGAUGGAGAAAUGGGAUGACCCAGAACAUGAAAUUGUACGACAUGGACAAGGGCUAUCCAGCAUGGCCUAUUCCAUGUACUUAUUUACAAGAGGGGAGGGGCUGCUGAAAACCACCCAGGAUUUAUUUCAGCAGGCAGAGGCCUUUGCUGCAGAGGGAUUAAAAUUCACUUCAGCUCUUCUUACAUUUUCUAAUCAGCUAGAAGAUGAUGACAAACCACUGCUCCUGCAAGAGAUUGACAAAAUGGUUCCUGCAUAUCAACAGCUUCAGGUAACAGCUAAAACCCUUGUUCAGGGUAAAACUGCAACUUUUACAAAGGUAGAUACCUGUAUUCACAAAGCAAAGUGUAUUCUGGAUAUAGUGGCUCAUGUACUCCCAUUGAGCUGCAAGUUACUGAGAAAGCACAAAGCAGGAACAAGUUACCUUAGAGCACAUCGUCCUUGGAGAGAAAACGGCCUGCAUGUAAAAGAAGGUAGUGGUCUAGUUGGGAGAACUGACCCCUUCGGGAUCAAAUCCUUGGAACAGCAUGUGGCAAACCUCACAUUUUUGGAGAACAAACCAUUCUAAGGCUUUUUUGGGGAAAUAAAAAUAUUUCCAUAUGCGAGUUAUACACUAAGCCCUUUCUAAUUGCUUUCUUUUGAGAAAGGUGAAAUCAGGUUAGAAAAAGAUGUAACCUUUUCACAUCUAAUAGAUGUCAUGGUACUUGGCAGUUAACAAAAGCAACAGUCAGCUUUAAUAGCUGUAUAUUUUUGUAAGAGGAAAUGUUUUUGUUCACUAUUAAUACUGCUAUUUUUGUAAUCACAUACACCUAUGAAUGUCUUACACUUCAACCCCAAAGAUGCUGCUAUCGAUGUUUAUGCACAGAAACUGUAUAGUCUUGGAUAUGCUACAUGGAAACUACUGGUAUCUUGUUUAAUGGUAACGGCAAGUGUGCUUAGGACCCUGGUCCAUAGCUGGUUAAUCCUGGAGUGCUGCUUUGAAAAGGGAGUAAUGCAGGUGGGCGAUUGUCUCAAUCCUGCUUCCUAAAGCAGCUUGCUAGCAAUUUUCUAAGGACCACAUUUGGUCCUCUAGCUGCUGACUCUUCUUCAAGCAUUAGUUAUAAGAAAGCUUUGAUGAUGAUGAAAACAUUCUGAAAACCUCACUUUGAUAAAACACAUUUGCCAUCUUAUUUAGCUGCAAGAGGACUAGUGUUGAUGAAGUUAGUUACAAUUAAAAGCUUACGUGUCUUGUUCCUUUUUUAUGUUACAGAGUUUUCAUAAUGCAGUCUCAGCAAGCUUACUCAGAAAUAAUUUAGUGGGACUUGCUCCCUCACAAGUGUGUUUAGAAUUUCAGUCUUUUUUGCUUUUUAACAUGUAUUAUAGCAAGUUCAAAGGUAGUGUUAACAAUUUAAAGAUUCAUAAAGCUAGCUACUACAAAGAGGGCAUUACUUCAGUUCAUAAAUACUUCUCCAAACUUGUUUAAAGUGUGUGUGCUUGCUGCACUGAUUGAAAUGAAGCUCACUUACAUUGGUCCAGAAUUUCACUGUGUUGUUCUAUUCUAGUACUGUGAUGUUUGACAGUUUCAGUAAGUUGUCCUACUUGUCUAUUACCUUCAGGCAGAAGGUAGACAUUUGGUGGAAAACAGGGAAUUCCCAAUGCCCUAUUUGUCUCCUGUGCACGAAGUAGGGCAGUGAUACAUUAUUUUUCAAGCAGGAGCCACUUUGGCCAAAAUAGUAAUAAGCCAUUAUUAUUAAAAAGCCAAUGGUGAGCCACUUCCUACAAGGCAGUGCUGUACUUUCCCCAGAACUGGGAAAGAAAAAGAGCUCUGCUGAGCCCCAACAUCAUCUUGGAAUCUGCUCAUGGAGCACUGGAAAGUUUCAGUACUUUCCCUGUAGUACUUUCCCGCUAACUCACUGGGAAGGACUACACUUUCCAGCACUCCACAAGUGCCUUCUGUAAUGGUGCUGCCGUUCAAAAGGGCUCAUCCUCACCAGUACUGGGAACAGUUGCCUCCACAUGCGGGUGGGGGGUGUAGACUAUUCAGCUUAAGCAUUGCACAGGCCUAUCAAUCAAUUAGGAAACUUGAUGGGAACCACCACUAGUUCCUGGGUCCUGCAAUGAACAACACUGUAGGGGAUAUAGGAGCAUUUGCUGGGAAGAAUUAGCAGGUGAGCUCUUCACUUUCCUCCAUUUGCUGCUUUAUGCGGCAUACACAUACUAAGGCAAAAGACUGGAUUGCCAGACUUUAGGAGGAAAGUUAAGGCUAAUGCUGAAAUGAGAAUCCUGUGUCUGCUGGUGAGUAUCUAGUUGUAGCCUUAGUCCUCCUCCUCACCAAAUUCAAGUGGCUAUUUCAACGUUAAAAAUUUCAAGGUAACAAAAUAAAUGACAAGUUGGUUGUCAAACUUUGUCUACUUAAUAGAACUGCAGAUGUACAUUGUACCAGUAAAUAAAAGCUUUAUUGACAUGAAUAGAUGAAAACAAAAAACUUUUCAGUCAUCCUGCUGAUCCAAGUUUGAAGCCACCAUCAAAACAUUCUUUUUUCCAGCCACCAUCCCUCACCUUUAAGCAUGGAAGUCACUUUAUCAUGGGGUAUACUGGAAGCAGUCUCUCAUUGCUUAUUUCAUUAUGAAAUGUUUAGGUCUAUAUUGUAUUGACUGUUUGUAGAACUAGGUCAUCAUGAAGUGGAAUUAAAACGUUUUGACAAAA